UGGCCCAUCCCCCUCCUCCUCGUGCAGCUGCUCCAGCUGUGUGUGUUGCGCGCGCGCGCGCGUGUGUGUGUAUAUUCGAGUGUGCGAGUGUGAGUGUGUGUGCCCGCCGGUGUGCGUGCCUACGUGCCGCUUCCUUUCCGCUCGCCCUCGCGCUCAAUGUUGCAACCACCAUGACAGGCAUCGCUGCUGCCUCCUUUUUCUCCAAUACGUGCCGUUUCGGAGGCUGCGGGCUGCACUUCGACUCCCUGGUGGAGCUGAUCGUCCACAUCGAGGACAACCACAUCGAUACGGAUCCUCGCGUGCUUGAGAAACAGGAGUUGCAGCAGCCUACAUAUGUUGCUCUCAGCUACAUAAACAGGUUCAUGACAGAUGCAGCGAGGAGAGAGCACGAGACUCUGAAGAAGAAAGUUCAGCCAAAGCUGUCUCUCUCUCUGACAGGCAGCCUAUCACGUAACAGUGUGUCCACUCCGCCCCGACACACCAGCGGCAACCUCACUCCACCUGUGACACCACCUAUUACACCCUCAUCAUCAUUCAGGAGCAGCACUCCCACGGGUAGUGAGUAUGAUGAGGAGGAAGCAGACUACGAGGAGUCUGACAGUGAUGAGUCUUGGACCACCGAAAGUGCCAUUAGCUCCGAGUCCAUCCUCAGCUCCAUGUGCAUGAAUGGAGGCGACGAGAAACCUUUCGCCUGCCCCGUGCCUGGCUGCAAAAAGAGAUACAAGAAUGUGAAUGGUAUCAAGUAUCACGCCAAGAACGGCCACCGCACUCAAAUCCGUGUGCAUAAGCCGUUUAAAUGCCGCUGUGGGAAAAGCUACAAGAGCGCACAGGGCCUGCGCCUCCACACCAUCAACUUCCACCCGCCUGUCUCGGCUGACAUCAUCCGCAAGAUGCAGCAGUAGAGCGGGCCUCUGUGCCAACCAGAUCCUUCACACAUACGUUCCAUCAUUAGAAGCUGUUGCUGCAUUUGAUACCUUUCCUGCUUUGUUACUCUUUAUUCCUCCUUGUCCUCCACGAGGAAGACUCUGUCCCCUCAUUCCACCUCUCCAUGAGGAAACUUGUACCCCUUCAUUUAACUCUUCCAUAAGGAAGACUCUUUCUAUCUUGCCAUCAUUUCAUACCUCGUUUAGGAGGUUUUCUUUAUCCCCCUUUUCAUUCCAUCUCUUUGUGAAGAGUAAACCCUUUUACCCUCUUAAGUCAAGGAGCUCCUAUGUUCCCUUUACACUACGCUUUGAAUUGCAUGCAUUUUUUGUAUCCUGUUAUCUGUUCUGUGUCUAUUUGAGAUGAUGUAUCAUAUUAGAGUUUGCAGUUUUGUACUUUUGCACAUUCAAUUAUUAUUCUUUUUCUGUCUUGUAUUACUAUUGAUAUAAGGUGCUUAUUGUAAAAUUAUUGGGAUAUGUUGAGAUAAGGCUUGGCAUAACUGUGGCACGAUUUCCCAACAGUUGCUGUCUCCACUUGGGGCAGUGUGUGAUGCGUGCCAAAGCCACAACAUCAGAAUUCAACCAGCAUGACUUUUUUUGGCUUCUGACAAGAGAAAAGGGCAAAAAAAAGGAAGGGCAGAACAUUUCUGAAUGUUCAUGCCACCCAAUAAGAAUAUAACCAACAUUUUUAGUUGUAGAUUAUAAUAAAUGCAUAUAGACUUUCAUAAUCAGAUGCUAAAUAUAUCCUUUUAUUCCCAAGUUUUAUUUUUUUGCAUUUCCAGUUAAAAAAAAAUUAUACCAAGCUAAAGAUUAAGUUUGGGAGUUUACCUUGGGUAAGUUUAAUCCCAUAUUUGUCAUCCUUGGACAAAUCAUGUUUUACACCUAUUAACAAUCUCAGGUGACAGAUUGCCAGCAUUUCAAACACAUUAUCUUGCCCAUGUGGUCUAAUGGUAUUUUUAUACAGCUGUUACACGGGUCCCAGGCCAGCUGUGGCCGGUGUGUUCUAGAACCUCUGGAGCAUUCUAGAACUCCACAGCUGAAUCCAUUGCCUGAUAAAGGACCUAAAGCACUUUGUAGCACCUAGUUGCCAACGUAGUAAGGAAGUUUUCAUUGCCAACACGUCAGGGACAGCAGAGUCCUACCUGCGAGUCACUGAGUCAAAUCUACACACUGACACGCUGCUUGGGGGUUAGAAUACAUGUACUCUUUUUUUUUUUUUUUUUUUUUUCAGUCUAGGGGAUUUCUUUUAUUUUCUUAUCUUUCAUCAGAGCCCCAAAAAUGUGUUAGUUUCAGAUUAUUGUAACUGAUUGCCUUGAACUGUUGUAGACAACAGCAUUCCGUAGCUUUGGUGUAACAAGUCAAUCCGGAUUGUGUUUUGUCCUUUGACACUGGCUGAGCUCUGGCGUUACGUGAGCCGCCUUUCAGAUGGACAGAUGACAGUUAUUGUACUUCCCAAUAUUAAAACUACAGCAGAGCAGUUGCCCAUCACCGUCUUUGGUGGUCUUCUGCACCAACAGUGUUGUUUUGCUAAUGUGGCAGUAGGAUAACUCAGGGAUGUCCUGUCCUAGAGUUAGAACUUCAUUUUUCUGCCUUUUUUGCUUGAGUGUAAGUCAGACGGGAGCAGACUUCUGAGUACCAGCAGUAAUCUUGCAUCAGUUUUUGCAUUAAAUAGAGUAGUUCUAUAGAAAGAGGUGUUCUAUUCCAAAAUCAAUCACCCUACUCUGGGAGGUAUCAGAAGAAAAACAAGAAGAGUUGGCAGUGAAAGGCUUGAUCAAGAGCCAAGCUGCCAAUCACCCAUGAUCAUGACAUUCUAACUGCAUGGACGUCACUGUUGUAAUGGAAUUACUUGUUUAAAUGAACAUUGUGACAGUAUUAUACUGCCAGUCUAGAGGGAAGUAUUGGACAUGUUGUGCAUAGUUUAUGUAUUAUGUAUCUGUGUAAGUGCAUUAAAUUAUAUUUUCAUACAUUUUUUGGGGGAAAAAAUUCCUACAUGUAAUGCCAUUGACACCAGGGGUUGUUUUCAAACUGGUGAAUUUCUUCAACAACAAACAGAAAAAACUGACAAAAAAAGCUGCUUCAUAAAUGUAAUCCUGGUUACAAGUUAAAUAUUAAAUGGCCUCUGAUGUGUUUCGAUAA